UAGACCAUGAUGGAGACGCUGUCCCAGAGCUCCAGGCUGGAGUGCCAGAUCUGCUUUAACCCUUUCAGCCCGCAGCGGCGGCGCCCCAAAAUGCUCCAAUGCCGGCACACGUGCUGCUCCGCGUGCCUGAGCCAGAUGAGGCUGAAUCACAGAGAGAUCCGCUGCCCAUGGUGCCGGAGCGUCACUCCCCUGCCCAGCAGCCUGUCUGUCUCCCAGCUACCCGACGACCUGGAAGCGCUGUCCGUCAUCUCCGUAAUGCAGUCCUCUGAGCAUGUGCCUGUUUAUAUCCGGUUGCCUGGUAACGGCUGCUACCUGCUGCCUCUACCGGGAGAUGUGGAGCAGGCCCUGUUGCCCGAGGAACCUACCUACCGCUUUGACUUCAAAGGCGGCAGUGAGACGGGUCUGCCGGCAGAGAGCCUGGAAGUGGAGGUGGUGGAGGAGGAGGAAGUGGGGGUGCUAAAGAGUUCGGCAUGGACUGGUUUCUGCACCGUUCUUCUCGUGGCGGUCAUCCUUAUUUUCCUGCUGGGCAUCGUCCUGCACAACAUGUCCUGCGUCUCCAAACGGUUCAGCAUCAUUUCUUGCGGAUGAAAGACCUACUUUGCGUCUGAAACUCAUUCACUAUUCACGUUUGCCAUGUAGUAAACUGACUGGGGAAAUGACUGUGGGCCAUGGAAAAGGGAGACAGACAUAGACUAUACAUCCAAAAGUAUUCAGACACCCUUUCUAAUUAAUGACUUAAUUUGCUUCAAGGUGGAUUGAUGAUACAAGCAUUCAGUUGCACACUCACAGCUUGUGUAUUCUCCAUGGAAAGGCAUUUCCAGUAUAAUGGGACACUCUGAGCAGCUGCACACGAGCUCACCAUGCCCAAAGACAAGUGUCGGCUUGAGGUGUAUAAAGUCCCCCUGCAUUGGGCUGUGGAGCAGUGGAACUGUGUCCUCUGGAAUGAUGGAGCUCCAGCCACUAACUUUGGAAUGUGUUCCAGAACUAAUCAGCAGCUGACUUGACUAAUGUUGUUUUGGCUAAAUGCAAUCAAUUCCUCACAGCAAUGUUCCAACAUCUAGGGUAAAGCCUUAUCAGAACAGUAGAGGCUGUCACUGCAGCAAAGAGGGGACAAACUGCUUAUUAUUACCCUUGAUUUCAGAAGCAGUGUUGGAUGAGCAGGUGUCUACAGACUUUUGGACAUUGUGUCCAUGUGUUCAGUGCUGGAGUUGACAGGAAGCAAAACAGAGAGACAUGAACUUCAUUUCUGACAAACAGUUUAUUUAUGAUUUUCUACUACCAUUCAGUAUGAAUGCAAAGCUGGACUGGAUGUAUGUUUAGCCAUUACGGGAGUCAAAAUGCAGUGAGGUGGACAGAUGUGAAUAUUUGACUGUUUAUUUAUGUUUUUCUUUAUGAUUCAGCAUCUUUUCUUGCAAAUGAUUGACUAGACUGGGCUUUGUACAUUUUACCAUUUGAUCAGCACUGAGGCUGACAGGAAACACAGUGGACAGACAUGGACAAAUAGGAAGAUGAAACAAAAAUGGAUUUCAAAUUGACUUUAUAUAUGAUUUCUACAUUCUGAAUGUAUGAAGUCACUUGAAUUUCUAAAGGAUAGUUUAUUUAUGGGGAUGAAAUGUUAGGCCAGGUUGGUACAGCAGACCAGUCUUGACAUUGUCCGCAAGUGAAGCAGAAACAUGGCCACAUAUGAAUUUUUGAUAGACUGUUUAUUUCUGAUUUGCCAGGUUUGUUUACAGAUGGGAAUCGAAAGAGAGAAAUGUGGUCAUAUAUGGAAUCUCUGAUUUCUUUUACUCAUUUUUUAUGAUAAUAGAAUUCAAAGGCUAGACUCAGUGUGCACAUUGAACCAGUGGUGAGGCUAACAAGAAAUAAAAAUAAAAUAAAACAGA